AUGGAAUACAAAGGAUUUUCAAUGCUCGGCUUGGUUACCUCUUUGGGGGCUUUUCUUCUGUCGUUGCAAUCUGUUUGUGGAGAUGUGGCCUAUUCUUUUCCAGAGGAGAUGAAACGCGGCUCAGUUGUUGGGAAUAUAGCGAAAGAUAUUGGACUGGAGGUGGGAAAACUGUCUGCUCGAAAGGCUCGUAUUGAUGCAGACGGGAACAACAAACGGUACUGUGACAUUAAUCUCAGUACGGGAGAUAUCAUUGUUGCUGAUAGGAUUGACAGAGAGGGGCUUUGUGGCAAAAAGGCAUCUUGCGUUUUAAAACAAGAACUUGUUUUAGAGGAUCCUUUAGAGCUCCACCGGAUUAGUGUUCACGUUCAAGAUAUCAAUGAUAAUUCUCCACAGUUUAAAAAAAAUACCAUAAACUUUGAAAUUAGAGAGUCUGCAAUAAAAGGAGGUCGCUAUCGUUUAGAUGAGGCCCACGAUGCAGACAUCGGACAAAACGCCAUCCAGGGCUAUAGCAUUGAAACAAACGACAACUUCAAAUUAAAUGUUAUUGCAAAAAGCGCAGGUGGAAAAUAUAGUGAGUUGGUUUUAGAGAAGGAGCUGGAUAGAGAGCAGCAGCAAGAGCUAUUGAUUGUGCUUGUCGCUACAGACGGAGGCACACCUCAGAGAUCAGGUACUGCAGUCAUUCAUAUCACUGUGCUGGAUGCUAAUGAUAACGCUCCAGUGUUUAGCCAAACCGUUUAUAAAGCCAGUCUUCCCGAAAACUCUCCAUUAAACACGGUAGUGGUCACAGUGAGCGCAACUGAUGCAGACGAGGGAAUGAAUGGAAAGGUGAUUUACGAGAUUGAUCACAUCUCUGAUGAAAAUAACGUGUUUACUCUUGAUCAGGAAACAGGGGAAGUCAGAGUUAGUGGAUCAAUAGAUUAUGAAGAUUUACCUGCCUAUGAAAUGCAAAUUACAGCCAAAGAUGGUCUUGGUUUAGUGUCUUCCUGUACUCUAAUAAUUGACGUUACAGAUGUCAAUGAUAACGCCCCCCUUACGUUUAUUAAGUCCUUGAGGAAUCUUGUACCAGAAGACACCCCUCCUGGUACAGAGGUGGGCAUCAUUAAUGUGCAGGACAGAGACUCUGGGAAUAACGGACAGGUCCGCUACUCCAUUCAACAAGGCGCCCCAUUUAAAUUAGUCCCUUCUAUUAAAAACUACUAUUCUCUGGUGACUACAGGUCAACUGGACCGUGAACUAGUGUCUGAAUACAACGUUACGAUCACUGCCACUGACGAAGGCUCUCCACCUCUUUCCUCUUCUAAAACUGUUCAGUUAUCUGUAGCAGACAUCAACGACAACCCACCUGUGUUUGAGGAACAGUCGUACAGCGCAUAUGUGAGUGAAAAUAACAAACCUGGCUCCACUUUAUGUUCCGUUACUGCUCGAGACCCCGACUGGAGACAAAACGGUACAGUGAUUUAUUCUCUGUUAGCUGGUGAGGUGAACGGAGCCCCGGUGUCCUCCUAUGUAUCUGUUAACGGAGACACGGGGGUGAUCCACGCUGUGAGGUCGUUUGAUUAUGAACAAUUCAGGAGUUUUAAAGUCCACGUGACGGCCAGAGACAACGGGUCUCCUCCGCUGAGCAGCAACGUGACCGUCAGUGUGUUCAUUUCGGAUUUGAAUGAUAACUCUCCUCAGAUACUGUACCCCGCCGCUGAGGGCAACUCCUUCAUGACCGAGCUGGUCCCCAAAGCUGCACACGGAGGCUCUCUGGUGUCCAAAGUGAUAGCGGUGGACGCGGACUCCGGACAGAACGCCUGGCUGUCCUAUCAUAUAGUGAAAUCCACUGAUCCGGGACUUUUCACUAUUGGUGUCCACAGCGGAGAGAUCAGGACACAGCGGGACAUUUCUGAAUCUGACAGCAUGAAACAGAACCUUAUUGUGUCAGUGAAAGAUAACGGACAGCCCUCUCUCUCUGCCACCUGUUCCAUGUAUUUACUUAUUUCUGAUAACUUGGCUGAGGUCCCAGAACUGAAGGAUAUUUCUUACGAUGAGAAGAAUUCCAAACUGACCUCUUAUCUGAUCAUCGCGUUGGUGUCUGUGUCCACCUUUUUUCUGACUUUCAUCAUCAUCAUCCUUGGUGUGAGGUUUUGUCGCAGGAGAAAGCCCAGACUGUUGUUUGAUGGAGCAGUUGCCAUCCCCAGCGCUUAUCUCCCUCCUAAUUACGCAGAUGUUGACCCCACAGGAACUUUACGCAGCACUUAUAAUUAUGACGCCUACUUGACAACAGGUUCUAGAACCAGUGACUUUAAGUUCGUUUCAUCUUACAAUGACAACACUCUGCCUGCUGACCAGACUCUGAGGAAAAGUCCAUCAGACUUUGUUGAAGAAUUCGGGCAGUCAGAUAAUUCCCCAGAGGUAGGUCAACAUAUGUUAUAA